GUAUGGCUUAUUAAUUAGUGUGAUUUCAUUGAUGCCCAGGUUAUGGCUGUUCGUUCUGUGCUUGGAAAGCUGGGUAGGAGUAGAUUUAUUCCCGACAAUGGAAGACAUAUCAUGGUUGGGAGUUCUCCUACUGUUUGUUCCUCUCCUCAUCACCCUUUUGAUUAUUAUGGGGUCGUCCAUGAUCGAAACAAAGCGGAUCAAAAAAGCAACCCUUUUCUUCUUGGAUCUCUUAUGAAAGAGCCACUUUAUCGUCAUUUGGAUUUUGGAGGACUAGGACCUGCUCGUUUCGCCAUCGAAGAGUUGAGGAAGAAAAGGAAUAUCCAACUGCAGUCUGUGAGAGUGUUGAGGGUGUUAGCAAGGAAACAUGUUGGCUUGCCACGAUAUGAUUCUUACUAUGAUCUACUGCUGGAGGCAGUUGAUGCCGAUGUGAUGAGAUAUUUCGAAGUAACAGUGUCACUUAGUUCCAGGGAUGACUUGUGGUUGGAAGACUUUUGUCUUCUCGUUGAUAAUAAAAAACCUAUAAGAUUAUAUUAUCACCUAGACAACUUUUUUGAUGCAUCUGCUAAGGCUCGAGAGCAGUUAUCAUUUGGUAUGCGAAAAGGAAACCUCUCUCUGCUGCCUCCCUCAGCCCUCCCUCAUCUCUCAUACACAAACCCGGGACACAAAGAGGAAACCACUGCUCCAAAACGCAGAGGUCGAACGAAUGCAUGUGAAGCGGCGAAACACUUCGGUCCAGCCCCCGGUGUACCUCAAAAGUACACCAAACCUUAUGUCCGGUCAAAGAGAAGGAAGUUUAAGAAGGCUAGAGGAAAGAGGAACAAUGAGGGCUUUAGAGGUUGAAUCAUUUAGAAUUGAAAAUGCUAUUUCUAGAACCUAAUUUUGCUUGUCUUUAAGUGUCUGGUAUCAUGUUACCUUCCCUGACCCUUCUCCGUAAUUAGGAAUGUUUUCAUAAUUCUUGUAUUGUUCUAACCUAGUUCGCCAGUAUUUUUCUCUAGUAAUGCUAAGUCUAUCCCAAGGAAUACCUUGGAUGUCU